CGACACAAGUCUAUAAUUAUCACAGAAAACUCAAUGGGCUGUCACAUUUAAAUCGCAAGAGCAAACCACCAUUUCUAACUGAACACGCUAUAAAGGUCUCCAAUCAGUAGGAGUAACGCGACGAAUGAAGGCCAAGAUAUGUAAUCAAAGUAGUUUUUGAUUCAGCAUUAUAUUGACUCAUCAAAGGAGAAGUGUUCAAGUACUAUGAAACAAAUUUUAAACUAACACGUGCGCGUAUAGGGAUACUUCUAUAUAAUCUGAACGAAUUGUCAUACGACGCAACUGAAAUUUUGUGCCGGCAAACUGUACUUUUUAGCUAUAAUUAAUAAUUCUUCAUCAUGUCCAUUAAAUAAUAUAAACAGAUAAACGGAUAAAGUAUCAAAUACUUUUGGCUCACAAAAAAUGUUGUUUUAUUCAUUCUUUAAAUCCUUAAUAGGAAAGGAUGUAGUUGUGGAGUUGAAAAAUGAUCUAAGCAUUUGUGGUACUCUCCACUCGGUAGAUCAGUACUUGAAUAUAAAGUUGACAGAUAUAAGUGUCACUGAUCCAGAUAAACAUCCUCACAUGUUGUCUGUAAAAAAUUGUUUCAUCCGAGGGUCAGUAGUACGUUACGUUCAAUUACCAGGGGACGAAGUGGAUACUCAGUUAUUACAGGAUGCUGCACGCAAAGAAGCAGCAGUUCAAGCAAGAUAAUUUAACCGUAUUAGUUAGAUGUAAAAAUAUAACUGAUCUAUUUUUUAUUACUGAACCUGUAUACAAUGAACACAAAUUAAGAAUUUUCAAAUGAGGUAUGUGAUGUAAAAUGAAUACACAUUUAAUAUUAAAAAAUUA